AAUGGCGUUUCCCGUGUAUGCUGAGCACCUUGUGAAUUUCCUAAAGCAUCCUAUUUCUGGCCUUCGCGCCGAAGUAUCCUUCAAACGGAGGGAGCGAGGCCCAUAAAUAGUAAGUAGCUACUCUAGUCUAUCAAGAGGUCGAUGAAAAGUAUCAACAUGCCGAGCUCGAAGCUACGCAUGCGCGUAACUCCGCCCCCUUUUGGCGAAGCUCCUCGGCAUGACCCUUUCCGCGACCCGUCGUCGCGCGACGGAGCAUGCGCAUUCGGCUCAGCGGGCGGCACGUCGCUAUGGAGCCGGACGGGACAUACGAGCCGGGCUUCGUGGGGAUCCGAUUCUGCCAAGAAUGUAACAACAUGCUUUACCCCAAAGAAGACAAGGAGAACCGCAUUCUGCUCUACGCGUGCAGGAAUUGCGAUUACCAGCAGGAAGCCGACAACAGCUGCAUCUACGUCAACAAAAUCACGCACGAAGUGGACGAACUGACCCAGAUCAUCGCCGACGUGUCCCAGGACCCCACCUUGCCGCGGACCGAGGACCACCCGUGCCAGAAGUGUGGCCACAAGGAGGCCGUGUUCUUCCAGUCGCACAGUGCCCGGGCAGAGGACGCCAUGCGCCUGUACUACGUGUGCACAGCCCCUCAUUGUGGCCACCGAUGGACUGAAUGAACCCUCUACACCCAUUUCCCCUUAGUGUGACAUAAAGGCUCUGUUAUGGGUCUGGAGUGACGGCGCAGCUGUUGGGUGUUUGCCUUGU